AUGUCUUCCGAUCAGCCAAAAGAGGUGGUCAACACCCAGAACCCCGAGCAGUUCUUCGAGUCCAUCGGCAGCAAGGUCGAGAACCUCGCGCCAGCGACCAACGGCGAGCCGACCGCCGAGGAUGACGAGCGCAAGCCCGUCGAGGAGAUUGAGUCUCUGUGCAUGAACUGCGGAGAGAAUGGCGUCACCCGGCUGCUCCUCACCGCGAUCCCGUACUUCCGCGAAGUCGUCAUCAUGUCUUUCUCCUGCGAACACUGCAAUACCCAAAACAACGAGAUCCAGGCCGCUGGAACUGUUCAACCGCGCGGCACGCACUACGAGCUGCGGUUGACUGACCUCGCCGACUUCAGCCGGCAGGUCGUCAAGUCCGACACCGCCGUCGUCAAGUUCAUCGAGCUGGACCUCGAGAUCCCGGCGGGCCGCGGCCAGCUUACAAAUGUCGAGGGCCUGCUGACGACUGUCAUGGACGACCUGGAGCUGGGGCAGGAGGCGCGCAAGGAGCAGAUGCCCGAGGUGUACCCCAAGGUGGCCGAGAUCAUCGCCAAGGGCCGCGCCAUGCUCGCUGGCGAGGCGUUCCCGUUCCGCGUGUACGUCGACGACCCGGCUGGCAAUUCCUUCAUCGCGCCGGACCUCAAGGACGGAGUGGGCAAGUGGGAGAAGCGCGAGUUUGUGCGUACGCCGGAGCAGAACGCCGCUCUCGGCCUCGCCGACAGCGCUGGCGCAGCCGGCCUGUCCAACCCGGGCCUCACCGCCGACGGCGAGAUCAUCCCCAACGAGGUCUACAGCUUCCCCGCGUCGUGCCCCGGCUGCAUGCACCCCUGCACCACGCACAUGAAGAUGGUGGACAUCCCCCACUUCAAGCAGGUCGUGCUCAUGUCCACCGUCUGCGACGACUGCGGCUACCGCUCCAACGACGUCAAGACGGGCGGCGAGAUCCCCGAGCUCGGCGAGAAGAUCACCCUGACGGUCGAGGACUCGACGGACUUGGCGCGCGACAUCCUCAAGAGCGAGACCUGCGGCCUCGAGUGCCCGGAGCUCAAGCUCCAGGUCAACCCCGGCACCCUUGGUGGCCGCUUCACCACCGUCGAGGGUCUCCUCACCCAGGUCCGCGACGACCUGCGCAGCCAAAUCUUCGAAGCCAACGGCGCCCCGGGCCAGCAGCCCAAUGCCGGUGGCGGCGACUCCCUCAGCGCCGACGAAAAGGCCCAGUGGGACGACUUCUUCGGCGGCCUCGACGACGCCAUCGCCGGCCGUCGGCCCUUCACCGUCAUCCUUACCGACCCCUUUGCCAGCAGUUUCGUGCAGCCCAACACGGACGACCCCAACGCCGACCCCAAGAUCAAGAAGGGGACGUACGAGCGCACUGAGGAAGAGGAGGAGGAGCUGGGCCUCAGGGACAUGAAGACGGAGGGGUACGAGGACCCUGCCAAGGCGGAGGCGGAUGCUGAAGUGCCGGCACAAUGA